UUUUCACUUUCACCGACAUGUAUUGUCGGUUUCGAAUUUUUUUACUAACUAUAAAUAUCGUGAGAGCCAUCAUUGAUUAACCAUUCAUUAACGAAUUCGAGAGUCUAAUUGUCGAGGGCGAAUAAACGAAGAGGCGGAAGAGCAAUAGAGGUAAUACGAUCGAUUUCGUAGUUGCAGAGAAAAGAGGAUUGUAACAAUUUCUUCUUCUCUUCACUGAUUUGAUUUUCGAUUUUUGAUUUUGGUGUUUCUGUUUUCGAUUCGGUGAUGGCGAAUUUGGGUGGUGGCGCGGAGGAACAGGCCAGGUUGAAGCAGUAUGGGUACCAAGCCAAUUCGAAUCUGGUGCUUAACAAUGAAGAGCGUCGACGUAACACGCAUGAACCUACUGGAGAACCGGAGACUCUCAGGGGGAAGAUUAAUCCUAAAUCUUUUGGAGAUAGGGUUGUUAAGGGGAGGCCUCAUGAGUUAGACGAGAGGUUGAAGAAGUCGAAGAAGAAGCAGGAGCGUGAGUCUGCAGAUGUUACGGAUGCGGUGUUUGCUCGCGAGAGCAAAAGACGUCGUCUUUGGGAGGAGAGCGUGCUCACUGAUACGGAUGAUGGCGUCUAUCAGCCCAAGACUAAGGAGACGAGGGCUGCUUAUGAGGCCAUGCUUAGUCUUAUUCAGCAGCAACUGGGUGGGCAGCCUCUAAGUAUUGCUUGUGGUGCGGCUGAUGAGAUUUUGGCGCUUCUCAAGAAGGAAUCCGUGAAUAGUUAUGAGAAGAAGGUGGAUAUCGAGAAAGUGUUGAACUUUGUCCCUGACAAGAUAUUUGAUCAGCUUGUUUCGAUUGGUAAAUUGAUCACGGACUAUCAAGAUGGUGGUGAUUCUGGAAGCGGUAAAGCUAUUGAGGAUGCAGGGCUUGAUUAUGAUAUGGGUGUGGCUCUUGAAUUUGAGGAGCGUGAAGAAGAUGAUGAGGAGAGUGAUUUUGAUAUGGUCCAGGAGGAAAAAGAUGAAGAGGAUGAAGAAGCUUCUGAACCUCACAGAACCGGAGGAGUGCAGGUGGGUGUGACGAUUCAUGGUGAAGAUGCAGGGCACGCAGGCUCGAGUCUUAAUGUUCAGGAAAUUGAUGCUUAUUGGCUCCAGAGAAGGAUAUUCCAAGGAUAUGAACAGCAGAUUGAUCCACAGGAGUGCCAGGUACUCGCAGAAGAGCUGCUUAAGAUACUUGCUGAGGGGAGCGAUAGGGAUGUUGAGAACAAGCUGCUUGAGCACCUUCAGUUUGAAAAGUUCAGCCUUGUUAAGUUUCUGAUGCAGAACCGCCUUAAAGUUGUGUGGUGCACCCGUUUGGCUAGGGCAAGAGACCAGGAAGAGAGGAGUAAAAUCGAGGAGGAGAUGAUGGGGUUGGGGCCAGAGGCUGCAGCAAUUGUGGAGGAGUUGCAUGCCAAAAGAGCAACAGCCAAAGAAAGGGAGGAGAACCAGGAAAAGAAAAUCAGAGAAGAAGCUCGGGGUCUUAAGGAUGAUUCUGAUGGAGGUGGAGACAGAGGCAGGAGAGACGUAGGUAAUGGUUGCUCGACGGGUCAGCGUCAGAUGCUGGACCUGGAGAGCCUGGCUUUUGACCAAGGUGGUUUCCUGAGGGAGAAUAAGAAGUGUGAGCUUCCCCCUCUUUCGUACAGAAUUCGUGGCAAGGAGUUUGAUGAGGUUCAUGUGCCAUGGGUUUCUAAAAAGUUUGAUAGUAAUGAAAAGCUUGUGAAAAUCACCGAUAUGCCAGAUUGGGCCCAACCGGCUUUUAAGGGAAUGCAGCAGUUGAACAGGGUUCAGAGCAAAGUGUAUGAGACUGCUCUGUUUAAGCCAGACAACAUUCUUCUUUGUGCUCCAACUGGUGCGGGGAAGACCAAUGUUGCUGUGCUCACCAUACUGAAGGAACUUGAAGCAAGUAAGAACUUGGACGGAACAUAUAAUCAUGGGAACUGCAAAAUUGUGUAUGUUGCACCCAUGAAAGCCCUGGUUGUUGAGGUCGUGGAUACUCUAUCUAAACGCUUGGAGGACUAUGGAGUCACUGUGAAGGAACUCAGUGGGGAUCAGUCCCUGACUCGGCAAGAAAUCGAAGAGGCUCAGAUCAUUGUUACAACGCCGGAGAAAUGGGACAUCGUCACCAGGAAAUCUGGAGAUCGCACUUAUACUCAGCUUGUGAAGCUUCUUAUAAUUGACGAGAUUCAUCUUCUUAAUGAUAAUCGAGGGCCGGUGCUUGAAAGUAUUGUCGCUAGGACUCUUAGGCAGAUUGAAACCACGGAGGAGCAUAUUCGUCUGGUGGGUUUAUCGGCGACACUGCCAAAUUACGAAGAUGUGGCUGAAUUUUUGCGGGUGGAUCUAAAGGCUGGGUUGUUUACAUUUGACCGCAGCUACAGACCCGUGCCUCUCUCUCAGCAGUAUAUUGGAAUUAAUGUGAAAAAACCAUUGCGGAGGUUCCAAUUGAUGAAUGAUAUAUGUUAUCAGAAAGUAUUGGCUGGUGCGGGAAAACACCAGGUCCUUAUUUUUGUCCAUUCGAGGAAGGAAACAGCAAAAACUGCAAGAGCAAUACGGGACACCGCAUUGGCGAACGAUACACUCAGCAGAUUCUUGAAGGAAGAUAGUGAAAGUUUUGAGAUUCUCCAGAGUCAGAUUGAUCUUGUCAAGAGUAGUGACCUGAAAAAUCUUCUGCCUUAUGGUUUUGCAAUUCAUCAUGCUGGGUUGUCAAGGAGUGAUCGUCAGAUAGUCGAGGAUCAAUUUCGUUUGGGGCAUGUGCAGGUCUUGAUUUCCACGGCAACUCUUGCCUGGGGUGUGAAUUUGCCUGCACAUACAGUCAUUAUCAAAGGAACACAAGUCUAUGAUCCUGAGAGAGGGGCGUGGGUGGAGCUGAGUCCUCUUGAUGUUAUGCAGAUGAUUGGUCGUGCCGGAAGACCUCAAUAUGACCAACAGGGGGAGGGGAUAAUAAUCACUGGCUACAACGAGCUGCAGCAUUAUCUCCGUUUGAUGAAUGAGCAACUACCUAUUGAAAGCCAGUUUAUUUCCAAACUUGCUGAUCAGCUUAAUGCUGAAAUUGUGCUUGGAACCGUGCAGAAUGCUAGAGAGGCUUGUCACUGGCUUGGCUAUACAUAUUUAAGUAUCCGUAUGGAUCGUAAUCCGACACUGUAUGGCUUGCCGCCUGAUGCUCUUGGUAAUGACACAGUAUUGAAGGAGAGAAGAGCUGACCUGAUACACUCUGCUGCUACUAUCUUGGACAAGAACAAUCUGAUUAAGUAUGACAGGAAAAGUGGAUUCUUCCAAGUUACUGAUUUGGGACGCAUUGCUAGCUAUUACUACAUAACCCAUGGGACAAUAGCUACAUACAAUGAGACUUUGAAGCCAACAAUGAGUCAUGUAGAGCUUUGUCGUCUAUUCUCACUGAGUGAAGAGUUCAAGUAUAUCACUGUACGACAAGAUGAGAAGAUGGAAAUGGCUAAACUUUUGGAUCGCGUCCCGAUUCCGGUCAAGGAAACACUGGAAGAGCCUAGUGCAAAGAUUAAUGUUUUGCUGCAAGCAUAUAUUUCAAAGCUGAAGCUUGAGGGUCUUUCUUUGACAUCUGACAUGGUUUAUAUUAAGCAGAAUGCUGGACGUCUUCUACGAGCUCUUUUUGAGAUUGUAAUGAAGAGGGGAUGGGCUCAAGUGGCUGAGAAGGCUCUGAAUUUGUCUAAAAUGGUAGGGAAGAGGAUGUGGAGUGUUCAGACACCCCUUCGGCAGUUUCAUGGAUUUCCAAAUGAGGUUCUGAUGAGGUUGGAGAGGAAGCAUAUGGUGUGGGAGAGGUACUAUGAUCUAUCUUCGCAGGAGCUAGGAGAGCUUAUUCGAAAUCCUAUUAUGGGCAGAGCACUUCACAAAAGCAUCCACCACAUCCCAAAACUGAAUCUUUUGGCACAUGUUAAGCCGAUUUCCCGUUCUGUUCUGCGGGUGGAGCUCACUGUUACUCCUGAUUUCCAGUGGGAUGACAAGUAUGUUGAUGAGGAUCACUAUUUGGACUUCACUGUGCCUAUCUCUGAGCCACUGCCACCACAGUAUUUCAUUCGAGUGGUUUCAGAUAAAUGGCUUGACUCACCGACUGUGUUGCCUGUAUCUUUCAGGUAUCUUAUUCUUCCACAAAAGUAUCCACCACCUACGGAACUACUGGACUUGCAGCCCCUCCCGGUGACAGCGCUAAGGAAUCCGUCUUACGAAGCUCUGUAUCAGGAUUUCAAGCAUUUCAAUCCAGUGCAGACUCAGGUAUUUACUGUUUUGUAUAACACAAGUGACAAUGUAUUGGUUGCCGCUGCCACAGGGAGUGGGAAGACUAUAUGUGCGGAGUUUGCUAUAUUGAGGAAUCAUCAUGAAGCACCUGAUUCUACAAUGCGUGUUGUCUAUAUCGCACCCCGUGAGGCUAUUGCCAAGGCGCAGUUUCGUGAUUGGGAGGAAAAGUUUGGAAAGAGGCUUGGUUUACGAGUUGUUGAGUUAACUGGGGAGACAGCAUUGGAUCUUAAGCUGCUUGAGAAAGGUCAGAUAAUCAUAAGUACUCCUGAGAAAUGGGACGCUCUGUCUCGUAGGUGGAAACAGAGAAAAUAUAUUCAGCAGGUUAGUUUGUUUAUCAUCGAUGAGCUUCACUUAAUUGGGGGUGAGGGUGGUCAGGUAAUGGAGGUAAUUGUCUCUAGAAUGAGAUAUAUUUCAACUCAGGUCGGGAAUAAGACCAGGAUUGUUGCAUUAUCGACUUCCCUUUCAAAUGCCAAAGAUCUUGGAGAGUGGAUUGGGGCUAGUUCCCGUGGCCUUUUUAACUUCCCACCUAAUGUUCGUCCUGUCCCACUGGAGAUCCACAUUCAAGAGGUGGAUAUAUUGAGUUUUGAAGCGAGGAUGCAGGCAAUGACUAAGCCAACAUACACUGCCAUAGUCGAGCAUGCCAAGAACAAGAAACCGGCUAUCGUUUUUGUCCCUACCCGUAGACAUGUCCGCUUGACUGCUGUGGAUCUGUUAGCGUACUCACACAUGGACAACACCCAGAGCCCUGAUUUCCUGUCUGGGAAUCCGGAAGAACUAGACCCUUUUGUUAGCCAAAUUUGCGAGGAUACUCUGAAGAAGACUUUGCGCCAUGGCAUUGGCUACUUGCAUGAGGGUUUAAGCAGUGUGGAUCAGGAGAUUGUGACUCAUCUUUUCGAGGCUGGACGGAUUCAGGUAUGCGUAAUGACUAGCUCAAUGUGUUGGGGUACUCCAUUGAAAGCGCAUUUGGUUGUUGUAAUGGGGACACAGUUCUAUGACGGGCGGGAGAAUUCUCAUUCGGAUUACCCCAUCUCUGAUCUGCUCCAGAUGAUAGGGCGUAGUAGCCGACCUCUGCUUGACGACGCUGGGAAGUGUGUGAUCUUCUGUCAUGCACCACGUAAAGAGCAUUACAAGAAGUUUCUGCAUGAAGCCUUUCCUGUGGAGAGUCAUCUUCAACAUUUUUUGCAUGAUAAUUUCAAUGCGGAAGUGGCUGCAGGGGUUAUAAUGAACAAGCAAGAUGCGGUGGAUUAUCUUACGUGGAGCUUCAUGUACAGGAGGCUUCCUCAGAACCCUAACUACUACGAUCUCAAAGGAGUGAGCCACAGGCAUUUAUUUGAGCACCUCUCAGAGCUCGUCGAGAACAAUCUGUCUGAUCUUCAAGUGAGUAAAUGCAUUGAGAUAGAGAAUGAGUUGGAUCUCUCUCCUCUUAAUCAUGGUAUGAUUGCUUCAUAUUAUUACGUUACUUACACCACCAUUGAGCGCUUCAGUUCUCUCUUGGCUUCCAAACCCAAGAUGAAGGGUCUUCUUGAGAUCUUGAGUUCUGCUUCGGAGUAUGACUUGAUUCCCAUACGUCCUGGUGAAGAGGACACAGUUCGGAGACUCAUCAAUCACCAGAGGUUCUCUUUUGAAAACCCGAAAUGCACAGACCCUUAUGUGAAGGCAAACGCGCUUCUUCAGGCGCAUUUCUCAAGGCAAAAAAUCAGCGGGGACCUGGCAAUGGAUCAGCGUGAGGUCCUCUUAUCUGCAACAAGACUUCUUCAGGCGAUGGUCGAUGUGAUAUCCAGCAGCGGCUGUCUGAAUCUUGCUCUAUUAGCGAUGGAAGUAAGCCAGAUGGUGACUCAAGGCAUGUGGAAUCGAGACUCCCCUCUUCUGCAGCUUCCUCACUUCACAAGGGACUUGGCCAAAAGGUGCCAAGAGAAUCCGGGGAAUAACAUCAAAUCCGUAUUCGAUCUUGUGGAAAUGGAAGAUGACAGACGCCAAGAGCUUCUCCAAAUGACAGACGCUCAGCUUUUUGACAUUGCCAGAUUCUGCAACAGCUUCCCCAACAUUGACGUCACGUACGAGGUUGUAGGCGGCAACGAGGUAACCCCUGGAAAGGAAAUCACAUUGCAGGUAAUGCUAGAGAGAGACAUGGAGGGGAGGAGCGAGGUGGGACCCGUGGACGCACCAAGAUAUCCCAAGGCCAAAGAAGAAGGGUGGUGGCUAGUCGUUGGAGAAACUAAGACGAACCAGUUGCUUGCCAUCAAGCGAAUCUCUCUGCAACGGAGUGCGAAGGUGAAGCUGGCGUUUGCAGUACCAACUGAACCAGGAGAGCAAUCAUAUACUCUCUACUUCAUGUGCGAUUCUUACUUGGGUUCUGACCAGCAGUACACUUUCUCUGUUGAUGAUGUCAAAGAUUCUGGCGUCGCAGAUCACAUGGUGGAAUGA